UCAGUGGCUAGGAGGUAUUUGUUCUUGUGUUCGUGGUAGUUGUGUUGAUGGUGGUGUUCAGUAGAGUGCAAAUUGUAAGAUUCAUUAAUUUGAUGACAGGGAUGUUAAAUUCGUGUACUUAAUUUUGUACACGUUUCAUGUAGAAAACUGGGAAGACAUGGCUUCUCUGUUGUACAUCUGCAGUGCUUUGUGUGCAAUGAGCAUGGGCGUGUAUGGGCAGUAUGAAUGGCAAGCUCGUGAUGCUUUUGACGAAGUCCGAUUAAGGAUGGAUAAAGUUAAUGCAGAUAAUUGUCCAAUUCAACACUUGAGUGAUCUCUAUUUACCGGAGGAUGCAGUGUCUCACUUACCAGACAUAAAGGAAAUCAACAUUAAUCCUGUAUUUCCAAACCGAACGGCCCUUUUGCAUCUACAUAAUAUGGCUAUGAGUCGAUCGUUUUUCUGGAGUUAUAUAUUACAGGCACGCUUUAUUAGACCAGCAAUAAAUGAUACCUAUGAUCCGGGAAUGAUGUAUUAUUUUCUUUCAACUGUGGCUGAUGUUUCUGCAAACCCGUACAUAAAUGCUAGUGCAAUUUACUUUGCACCCAACUCUUCCUAUACACCGUCUUAUCGAGGAUUUUUUAACAAGACGAUGCCUAGAUUUGCACCAAGAACAUUCAGGGCUGAUGACUUUAAUGAUCCAAUACAUCUUGAACGAAUCUCUACAUUAAAUACAUUUACUGUAAGAGAUCUGGGAGCAAUUCGAAAUGAUAGUCUUAGUACAGACUAUGCAUCAGAGUUUUAUAGGAUAAAUGAAUGGUACAAAAAAUGGUUACCUGAUAACGUAGUAGGAAGACAUGAUACCAAAACUACAUACCAAGUGGAGAUCCGUUAUGCUAACAAUACUAAUGAAACUUUUACUUUCCAUGGACCUCCAGGUGCUGAUGAAUUUCCUGGUCCUGUGAAGUGGACACGACCAUAUUUUGACUGCGGCCGGGCCAAUAAGUGGUUGGUUGGAGCUGUUGUUCCUAUUUCUGACAUCUAUCCUCGUCAUACAGGCUUUAGACACGUUGAAUAUCCUACAUACACUGCUGUUGCAGUAUUGGAAAUGGAUUUUGAUCGAAUAGAUAUUAAUCAGUGUCCUAAAGGGCAAGGCAACAGUGGUCCAAACCAUUAUGCUGAUACAGCUAGAUGUAAAAAAGAAACAACUGAGUGUGAGCCCAUCCAUGGAUGGGGAUUUAGACGUGGUGGGUAUCAGUGUCGUUGUAAGCCUGGUUUCCGUUUGCCAACAAUUGUCCGGCGCCCAUUUCUUGGAGAGAUUGUUGAAAGAGCAACAGCAGAGCAGUAUUACAAUGAUUUUGACUGUGAGAAGAUUGGCUGGGUACAUAAAAUGCCUGUACAGUGGGAAACUGCAAGUCAUCAUGUGAGAGAGAUGUACUUGGAAAGGUUCUAUGAAUAUCGUAAUUUUUCUGUGGGUGCUCGUUCUCUGCACACAAGUAAAAUGAACAUUGAUCAAGCACUUAAGUUUAUACUUGGUGUGAAUGAAAGAACAUGCAAACAAUAUACUCCACAGGAUUUGAUCCUACAUGGGGAUAUUGCUUAUGGAGCUGAUGAACAGUUUACUAAUGAAGCAAAGAUGGCAGUCAGACUUGCUAACUUUAUUAGUGCUUUUCUUCAGAUCUCGGACCCAAAAGAAGUUUAUUCUGGCAAACGUGUGGCUGACAGGCCAUUAUCGGAAGAUCAAAUGAUUGGAGAAACACUGGCACUUGUAAUGGGUGAUACAAAAAUAUGGUCUGCUGGAACUUUCUGGGAACGUAGCAAAUUUACAAACAGAACUUUCUUUGCCCCAUUUGCAUACAAAAAGGAGCUUAAUACCAGAAAGUUCAAAGUUGAGGACCUUGCAAGAUUAAACAAAACACAUGAAAUAUAUACCAAUAAGCCAUGGUUCCAGUUUCUGAAACAAAGAUGGUCAACAAACUUUGAUGCCCUUGAAAAAUUCUACAUGAAAGUAAAAAUUCGUUUUAAUGAGACUGGGGAAUCUUUGAAAAAAUAUGAACAUUAUCCUAACUUCUACAGAGCUGCUAAUUUGGAUCAUGGACAUUGGACAGCUCCUUACUUUGAUUGCGAUGGGAAAGUCAAACACUGGGUUAUUACAUAUGCAUCUCCAUUUUUUGGCUGGGACAGUUUAAAAGUUAAACUGGAAUUCAAGGGCAUUGUUGCUGUUACCAUGAGAUUACUUGAGUUGGAUGUUAACCAGUGUCCUGAUAAAUUCUAUGUACCAAAUGCUUUCAAAGAUACACAUAAGUGUGACAAGAAAACAUCAUAUUGUGUUCCAAUCCUUGGACGUGGUUUUGAAACUGGAGGUUAUAAAUGUGAAUGUCUGCAGGGUUAUGAAUAUCCAUUUGAAGAUCUUAUUACAUACUUUGAUGGACAACUAGUAGAAGCUGAAUUCAGUAACAUUGUUGCAAAUAAUCCAACAAGAUAUGAUAUGUUCAGCUGCCGCCUGGCUGGGGCUUCCAGUAUCCAUGGAAGCUUUGUUGUUCUCUUGAUGGUGUUUUUAAUUGUCAAAUUACUGCUUCGGUAAAUAUCUAAAAGAUAUAAGACCAGAAAAAAAACACUUUUAACAAAGGUAAACUGACAGCAUUUUGUGGUUGCUGAAUUUCACAUACCUGUGUGACUCAUCCCAUUUCAGAGACAUUUCAAGUGGGUGAUGUCAUUGACACUUGCACAAACACUUUAACAUAAAUCAUAGACAUUUUAGUAAAUAUUUGUAUACAAUGUUCAAAUGGAGAUGUCUGUCUUGAGUAGAAUACUUUUCUGGAAUAAGUGACAUUUCAUCAAUUGGUAUUAUAGGAAGACAGUCACAAUUCUGUCUGGCACAUAAUAUGAUGUAUUAAUGUGCAAGUACAUAACAGUAUAUUUCUGUAACAUUUUAUACAAUGCGUUUUCUAAUGUAAUCCACUUAAAAUACUCGUGUGUUAGUGAGACAAAUACUAAUAUGACAACAAAGUUUUGAACGCGGAUCAAUUGUAAAACUUAUUUGUAUCCAUUGUGAGCCAUUAUAGCUGUCAGAAUAGUGACUGGCUACUGACUGGAUGACCAGGGUUCAUCCCCAAUGGGAGCAGAGGAAUUUUCCUCUAGCCUCUGCAUCCAAACCAGUUCUGGGGCCCACCCAGCCUCCUCUCCAAUGGGUACCGGGGUCCUUUCUCAGGGUUAAGGUGCGACUGGGGCGUGAUGCUGACCUCUCACACCCAUCUAGUGCCGAGGUCAAGAAACUAUGAUUGUUUCUCUACAAAUAUUCCGUUAUUUUAAUUGUUUAUUCUUUGAAGCUAGCUGUACCAUUGCUUGAAACCUGAGGUAUGUUGCUGGUCAAAUGUACUGGUCGUUACAGGCUCCCAACUGUUGAUUCUUAGUUCUAAUAAAUACAGAAGUGGUCAAGGAUCUUAUAGCUAACUAAAUAAUACAGCCUGUUAUUUCAAUUCUUAGAAUUAUCUGCAUUGAGAAACAGUUUAUAUAUUAUUCAAGCAGUUAUAUGAAUGGCUGUGAAUCAAAAAUGAAAAGUAGCCUAACCAAUAAAGACUCACUUUGGGUUUGUGCCAUUUUGGUACUGACAACCUCAUUUCAAGCCAAAGAUGUAGUACAUUUCAGAAUAGCUUCAUAUGUCAGUCUAAAUAGACGUGUACUGUUGCCUUGUGGACAGAGGCCCUGUGUGGGAUAACUAUUUAUGUAGCACUUAAGAAGAAUAUUCAAUUAAACUAAACAAACAUUCCAUAUUCUGUUUGAAAAAGCACAAAAAAAGUGUACCUGAUAUCAAACCAAGAAAGUCGGCUCAGAUGGUAACACUUCUAUCUUGUAUUUGGAAUAUGCUUCUUUCAAAUCUUGACUGUGUCACUAUCUGUCUAGACUGAGGAUUUUCAUGGAUUUCUUAUCCAGUCCUUUAAAGUUCACUACCAAAAGGGUAGAUACAAACUAUAUAUGGAUAAUUUAUUCUCCUUUCCUGAUUUAUUUUGCAAUUUACACAUUGGAAUAUAAAUUAUUGUGGUCCUGUCAAAAAUAAGUGAACAGGGAUGCUACAGGAUCUUUGUGGAAAGAAUCUGACUGAAACAGGAUGACAUUCCGACAAGUUUGAGGGGUAAUUUGGUGGCCAUGUUUGAAAUGUAAUUUGUGGCAGUGUAUUGAGCCACCCUUCACACAUUUACAUUUAAGAUAAUUCAAGACUCUUUACUGCAGAAAAUGGUUUAAACCACCAUAAAUAAUGGAAUUGCUUCUGUUGUUUUAUUUUAUUACUUUAUUUAAAAUUAACUACAUGUCUUCCUAAUUAGUGUGAUUGGGGGUUGUCUAGUAUAUGAAUGAGACUGCAAGAAUAGCAGCAAAGUGUUGUAUUUUGUGAUAGACAGAACAGAUUGUGACAUAUGUCAUGCUUCAUCUUCCAGGAAAACUAUUCUUGCAGUGCUCAUUACCAUCACCAUAGAAUAUAUACAGUAUACUAACUGUCUUUGAAAAUAAUAUUUUCAAAAAUGAGUUAGAUUUGUGAUAGACUAAUAUUUACAGUGGAGUGAAUUGAGUUAUCACAAAGACCAAAAAAUUCAUUUCUAAUCUUAAACAUCACAUUGCUGUUCCCCACUUCUGAUGAAAAUGGUAGGAGUGUGCUUGUUACCUUUGCCAGUGUUAACACACUAUGUGUCAUGAAAACUGGUAGUGUUUUCUGCAUUUAAGCAAAGAAUUUGCUUUGUGGGGGUUGAACAGUUCACAUUGAAU